AUGCUGUGCAUAUUCUUCCUCGUCGGCCUGCUGCCCCUGCUGUCGGCGGCAGCAGUCAACGCGACAUUUCACACGUCGCCCAAGCGCGGGCUGGUCUACAUCCCCAACCCAAAAUUCCCCGAGGACAACGCGAUAUGGAUCCAGAAGGGGUCGGACAUGACGUGGUACUACAAUUACAAGCCCUACCCGAGCCCGGAGUACAUCAACAAGACGCAGCUCGAGUUCGUGCCCAUGCUCUGGGGCGCGCCGCCGAGCUUCACCGACACGUCCUUCCUCGAGAACGUGACGGCGCAGAUCGUGCGCGGCGACAACAUCACCUACGUCAUGGGCUUCAACGAGCCCGACAACACGGGCACGACGGGCGGCAGCAACAUCGACCCAUCGGACGCGGCGAAGUACUGGAAGAAGCAGCUCGAGCCCCUGCGCAAGCUCGGCGUGCACCUCGGGGCGCCGGGAGUGACGGGCGGCGCCGCGGGAUUCACCUGGCUCGCCGCCUUUGAGAAGGCGUGCGACGGGGGUUGCACCUUUGACUUCAUCCCGAUCCAUUGGUACGGCAGCUUCGACGGCAUGGUGAGCCACAUCUACGACGUGCUGGCCAUCUACCCGAACAAGAAGAUCUGGGUCACCGAGUUUGCGCUCAACGAUGCGAGCCUGGCCGACACGCAGGAGUUCUUCCAGACGUCAGUGACAUGGCUGGACAAUAAUGACAACGUCACCCACUACUCAUACUUUGGUGCCUUCCGGUCAUCUACGUCCAACGUCGGUAUUAACGUUGCCUUUUUGAACUCCUUUGGCAAGCUGACCGACAUUGGAAGCUGGUAUUUGGGAGGCAAAGCGACCGGCAUCAAGCCGGACAACGUCACGAUUGCGUCCAACACAACUGCUGGCCCUCCAACGCCGACUUAUACGGUACCACCGCUGGUUACUAAAAAGUCUGCAGCCGACAUUGUGUCAAGCCCUAGUUUCUUCAGCUUUUUGGGACUUGAGGCCUUCAAGAUCCACGUGGACAUCCGACUACUCCGCCCAGGGGGAAUCUCACUCGAGUCUCUUGCCAGCGACGACGACGACGACGACGACGACGACGCAGCAAUGGGCAGCGAGCCGCCCGGCCCCAAGACUCCGGUCGUGAAGACACCGAGGCCGAGGACACCGCACGCAGGGGGAAGUAUUGUCAGGGAGCAUGGACAGAGAUCGCCAAGAGCACCGCCCAGCCCUGGAGGCUACGCACCACCGCCGCAGCUCAACCCCCACGACCUCUUCAACAGAUUACACGAGCUGACAGUCAAAGAGUCGACUAUCUUGCCAAAGAUCGCCCUCAUCGGAGAUAAAUCCAGCGGAAAGACCUCGCUAUUCGAAGCUCUCACCGGACUGUCGUUUCCGGCAGCAAGUCGGCCACUCACAAACUUCGCCAUCCACGCACAUUUCAAACGUACACAAGGGGGAAAGUCCAGCGUCAAGGCAUAUAUCCGACCUGGAGCGCUCGACAGCCAAUUUGCAGCUGCCGUCCAGCAUUUGGAGCGAUUCGAGGUGGACCAGGCCGGACCCCUCACUGGAGAUGACUUCGUCAACAUACUGCAAGAUGCUGCAGAUCAUAUGGAUAUCACCAUCGCAGACCCAGAGUCUCGCGAUGAUGAAUCAGAAGCCGAGACCGAGCGAGUACUCUCAGACAACGUUCUCGUCGUCGAGGUGUCUGGACCCGAUGUUCAUGGUCUGAGUGUCGUGGACUUUCCUGGUCUCAUGCACAAUUCUUCGCUGCAUGAUGCUCAUGAGAUUGAGGCCAUCAGGAGCUUGGUGAUGGAAUACAUCAAGGAGCCCCACACAAUCAUAUUAACUACGGUCGAUGCUACCAACCAGAUUGGCAACCAAGAGGCACUCGAGUUCGCCCGCGCUGUUGACCCUGAAGGUCAUCGGACUGUCGGUGUGCUCACCAAGUGCGAUCUUGUCCAGCGUGGCGAUGAGAAGAGGGUCCUCAAGAUCUGCCGCAACAAGGAUCACCGCCUGGAGAAAGGAUGGUUCGCCGUCAAGAACAGGUCGACCCAGGAGCGGCGGGACGGCUACGACCUCGAGCAGCGCAACGCCAGCGAGACGGCCUUCUUCGCGCGCGCGCCCUGGAGCACGCUCAACCACAGCCGCGCGGGCCUCGCCUCACUGAGGACGUACCUGGGCGACAUGGUCAACAGCGUGCUGCAGGACAACAUCAGCAUGCUGGUCGAGAAGCUGCGGACCAUGUCCGAGUCGACCGACUCGACGACGCGGCACCCGCACCACCUCGACCACCUGCAGCGCAUUGACGAGAAGAGGGACCUCUACGACGAGACCGGCACGGCGACGACGGACCCCGUCUCCAUCACCGACGAUACCAGCACGGGCCAGCUCGACCCCGAUGUGGAAGUCGGCAGCGUCAAGAGGCGGCCCACGCCGCUUAUCAAUGCUUGCACUGUGGCGCUGACGGUCGCUCUGAACCUGACUCUGAUCGGCCUGUCCUGCGGCGAAGUGGCCCAGGAGAUUGCGACGGAUGGCAACUACUGGCGUCUGUUCCUGCUGGUGACUGCGCCUCUGCAGUUCUUCGUCAGUUUGUUCUUCUGCCAAUCUCUCAUCAACACCAUCGCCCAGCUGAUUGGCCCCGUCAGCCAGUUGAGGCGCAACUCCAAGUUCUACUCUGCUCAUCCCGUAAAGCGUCUCAACAUCAAGGACGGCCCGCUCCCGCACGUCACCGUCCAGUGCCCCGUCUACAAGGAGGGCCUGGAGGCCGUCAUCGUGCCGACCGUGGAGUCCCUCGAGGCCGCGAUCCGCGACUACGAGUCCCACGGCGGCACGGCCAACAUCUUUAUGAACGACGACGGCAUGCAGCUGCUCUCGCCCGAGGAGGCGGCGGAGCGGCGCGCCUUCUACGUCGCGCACAACAUCGGCUGGGUGGCGCGGCCCAAGCACAACCCCGGCGGCGAGGGCCUGCAGAAGUUCCUGCGGCGCGGCAAGUUCAAGAAGGCCUCCAACAUGAACUACGCGCUCGGCAUCAGCCUCAAGGUCGAGGACAAGCUGGUCGACAUCGACCGCACCGGCACGGGCGUGUGGACCUCGGUCGACGAGGAGGAGGCGUACCAGCGCUGCCUGGCCGAGGUGCUCGAGGAGGAGGAGGGCCGGGCCUGGGCGGACGGCGACAUCCGCGUCGGCGACUACAUCCUCAUCAUCGACUCGGAUACCCGCGUGCCCGUGGAGUGCAUGAUCGACGCGGUCAGCGAGAUGGAGGAGUCGCCGCAGGUCGCCAUCAUCCAGUUCUCCUCGGGCGUCAUGAACGUCACCACCAGCUUCUUCGAGACGGGCAUCACCUUCUUCACCGAGCUGGUCUAUACCGCCAUCCGCUUCGCCGUCGCCAACGGUGAUGUCUCGCCUUUCGUCGGCCACAACGCCUUCCUCCGCUGGUCGGCGCUGCAGGAGGUCAGCUUCGUCGACGACGGCAUCGUCAAGCAGGACGACGAGGGCUACCUGAAGCCCGGCGACAGGGACCCCAACUCCACGACCCCCUACGAGAAGUUCUGGUCGGAAUCCCACGUCUCGGAGGACUUUGACAUCUCGCUGCGCCUGCAGACGAUGGGCUACCACAUCCGGCUGGGCGCCUACUGCGGCGAGGACUUCAAGGAGGGCGUCUCGCUGACCGUCUACGACGAGCUCGCGCGGUGGGAGAAGUACGCCUACGGCUGCAACGAGCUGCUCUUCCACCCGGUCAAGUACUGGCCGCGGCGCGGCAUCUUCACGCCGCUCUUCAAGCGCUUCAUCUUCUCCAACAUGCCGCUGGGCUCCAAGGUGACGAUCCUGGCCUACAUCGGCACCUACUACGCCAUCGGGUACACGUGGUUCGGCACGCUGCUCAACUACUUCCUCAUCGGCUGGCUCAACGGCCACCUGGACCACUACUACAUGGACAGCUGGCGCGUCUGGGUCGCGCUCGUGGUCGUCUUCUCGGGCGCGGGCAACCUCGCGCUCGCCAUCGUGCGCUACCGCGGCGAGGGCGCCAACCUCGCGCACCAGAUCUGGACGUGCUUCCGGUGGGUUCCCUUGCUGUUCAUCUUCCUCGGCGGCAUCUCGAUGCACGUCUGCCAGGCGCUGCUGUGCCACAUGUUCUCGAUCAGCAUGACGUGGGGCGCGACGUCCAAGGAGGCGACCGACACGUCCUUCUUCAUCGAGAUGCCCAUGAUCGCGCGGCGGUUCAAGUUCGUCUUCAUCUUCUGCUUCGCCAUGAUCGCGCUCAUGGUCUGCGGCGUCUUUGCGUUCCCGUACCUGUGGCGCAUCACGCAGGUCAUCGCCAUCUUCCCGCUCGCCUGCGUCGUCUUCAGCCACUUCUGCCUGCCGGUGCUGCUGAACCCGGCGCUGAUGAAGUUUACCUGGUAG